GACAGGGAGGCACGCGCCCAGAUCGCGCUCCGAGCCGACGAGGGGCUCGCGCCGGCCCCGGCGCGCGCGUGGGGAGCGGCCCGGGGGCGCCGAGGGAGCCGGCGGCAGCGAGGAUGCCGGCGCGGGGACGCGGCUGCCGGCUGGGGGUGUGAGCGAGAGGCUGAGCGCUGCCCGCUCGGCGCCUCCAUUCCGCGCCGCCCCCUCCCUGCGGGCCUCGGAGGAAGCCCCCCGCGCCGCGCGGAGGCGCCUCGGCAGCCGGGCUGCGGGGCCCCGGCCCAGCGAGAGGGAGAAGAUGCCGUUCCACCAUGUGACCGCUGGCUUGUUGUACAAGGGGAAUUACCUCAACCGGUCACUCUCUGCUGGCAGCGACAGUGAGCAGCUGGCUAAUAUCUCCGUGGAGGAGCUUGACGAAAUCCGAGAGGCCUUUCGGGUUCUGGACCGCGAUGGGAACGGCUUCAUCUCCAAGCAGGAGCUGGGGAUGGCUAUGCGCUCCUUGGGGUACAUGCCCAGCGAGGUGGAGCUGGCCAUCAUCAUGCAGCGCUUGGACAUGGACGGGGAUGGCCAAGUGGAUUUUGAUGAAUUCAUGACAAUUCUUGGCCCCAAACUGGUGUCUUCAGAAGGUCGUGAUGGUUUUCUUGGCAACACAAUAGACAGCAUAUUCUGGCAGUUUGACAUGCAGAGGGUAACUCUGGAAGAGCUGAAGCACAUUCUCUACCACGCCUUCCGGGACCACCUCACGAUGAAGGACAUUGAGAACAUCAUCAUCAAUGAGGAAGAAAGCCUGAAUGAGACCUCGGGGAACUGCCAGACAGAGUUUGAAGGAGUGCACUCCCAGAAGCAGAACAGGCAGACCUGCGUGCGGAAGAGCCUCAUCUGCGCCUUCGCCAUGGCCUUCAUCAUAAGCGUCAUGCUGAUCGCGGCCAAUCAGAUCCUCCGGAGCGGGAUGGAGUAGCGGCCGCGGCCCCGCGCUGCCCUGGACUCUUCCUGCACGCGGCGGGCGCGGACCUACGGGUGGAUGCGGACGCGGACGCGGGGACAGUGCAGGCAAGAACCCAAGCUUGAGCGCAGCUGGGGUUGCAAAUCAACUUCAUCUCCUUGGCAGGGACACAAAAGGGCUGUCUUCAAUGCUUUAAUGGUUUUCGUUUCCUAAUGCAAUAAAUAGCCAGGAGUUCC